AGCCGCGCGCCCGCCCGCCCGCCGCGCCCCGAGCUCUCCGCUCUUCGCGUCAGUGCCCGGCCGCCGCCGCCGCGGCCCAGAGAGCGGCCCAGAUGCAGGCCAUCAAGUGUGUGGUGGUGGGAGACGGAGCUGUAGGUAAAACUUGCCUCCUGAUCAGUUAUACGACCAAUGCCUUUCCUGGAGAGUAUAUCCCCACUGUCUUCGACAACUAUUCUGCCAAUGUUAUGGUGGAUGGAAAACCGGUGAAUCUGGGCUUGUGGGAUACAGCUGGACAAGAAGAUUAUGACCGAUUACGUCCCCUAUCCUAUCCGCAAACGGAUGUAUUCUUGAUUUGCUUUUCUCUUGUGAGUCCUGCAUCAUUUGAAAAUGUUCGUGCAAAGUGGUACCCUGAAGUGCGACACCACUGUCCCAACACUCCUAUCAUCCUGGUGGGGACGAAACUUGAUCUGAGGGAUGAUAAAGACACGAUUGAGAAACUGAAGGAGAAGAAGCUGACACCCAUCACCUACCCGCAGGGCUUGGCCAUGGCCAAGGAGAUCGGUGCCGUCAAAUACCUGGAGUGCUCGGCGCUCACGCAGCGAGGUCUUAAGACGGUGUUUGAUGAAGCUAUCCGGGCGGUUCUCUGCCCGCCCCCCGUCAAGAAGAGGAAGAGAAAAUGCCUGCUGUUGUGAAUGUCCGGGCCCCUCCCGCCUGUCCCCGUCCCCCAGGACCCUUUGUACGCUUUGCUCAAACGGUGGAGCCUUCGCACUCAAUGCCAAGUUUUUGUUACAGAUUAGUUUUUCCAUAAAACCGUUUUGAACCAAUCAGUAAUUUCUAGGUUUUGUUUGUUUAAGGUGUAAGAGUUCAAACUUUCACAUCCUAUUAAAGUUUAGCCCUAAGAUGACAAGCUUCCUUAAAGCCUUAUUUCUCAAAGCCCCUAUUCUUGCUCAGAUUAAGAGUUGCCAAAAUACCUUGUGAACUAAGUUGCAUUGUUGGGCUAAGAACACUAAGCACUAAACUGUUCAAAGACCUUUGUCUGGAAGAGACUAGCUUCUGAGGCAGGAGAUGCAGACGCUCGCUAAUGAGUUUCAGACGCGAAGAGCAGUACAGCCUCCUUCCUGAAACGUUGCCAUUUAAUGCAUCCUGAUUUACCAGCCCAUGUUCACUACCUAACACUGUACUGUACAUCAUAAUGAACGAGUGUAACAGCUCAGCUCUUUAGAUCAAU